AACGCGACGGCAACAACAUCAGAUGGCAAAUACCGACGGCCGCCCUGGUUUUCUUCCCUUGUUCCAUUUCACGUUACAUUUCCACCGCCCCUGCCCGUCGGCUGGGGAACUGGGAGGGACAAGGUGCGUUUCGCCGGACCGACGGCAUGGCAAAUCGGCAAGCAAAUAGGAGAGGGCAGGAGCGGAGCUGGCACAGGCAAUGACACAGGUCGACGCCGAGCGUGGCUGUGCAGAGACGACAAAGUCUUGGCUCCCGAAUCAACCGCCGAGCUUGUACCGCAAAGGUAUCUCGCGCGCGCGCUCGGCCCCGGGCACCCGCUGCCCUUGCGUGAUCCACCGGCAUCUGUCUCGAUUGCGACGAGGGAUGCCCGACGGCUGGUGGUCUGUCACUAUGUGUGACGGGGGCCAUGCGACGCCCGCCUCCUUGCCCUCCUGGCCGCGCCGCCCGGCGCGCCGGAGACCUGCGUGAUGUUUCUUAUCCCCCUCGUCCCGUCCCGGUCCUGCUCAGUCUGGCUGGCGUCUGUUCUGCUGUUCUUGCUACUCUUGAACCUGAUGCUGUGCCCUUGCAAUCCUGUGUGCUGUUUGGCGCAUCCAUGUACCCGAGGCACAAGGCCACGCCCCUCCUACAUAUACCUUCUUAUACAUACGUCCUCCCUAGCCAACGCCGCCUUGGCUCUGCUGCCAACUCAGCUGCGCGCUGCCUACCCGCCCGUCCGUUUGCCUGCAUGCUGGCGGCCUGCCCCCCCAAGCUAAGGCGCUCAACUAAGCUUUCAGCUCCACGACUUAGUGUUUCUCGGCUCUAGUUCCGUCAGGCUGUGCGACGCGAACUGUAGUUCUUGUCUGGGUCUGGAUAAGGCCCGUCGCGCAAACAAACAGCCAAUCUUCUUCCAAGCGAGGCGCUUGCUCCUGCCUCACUUGGUACCUGCCAGCAAUUCGUCCUGGCUAGGGCGGAUAUGUGCUGCAUCUACCAAGCCACUGACAUCCUCAUGUUUGGUAAGCCGGCUGUUUGUUGCUAACGCUUGUUGGGAACCUUCUGGAGCAAUCGUGCUCCAAGGUGGAAGCCUCUCAAAAGGGAAUCAAGCCAACCGCUUGAGAGAUUGAGGGACACAUUCUCCUCUCCCUUCCUAUUCGCUUUCCCUCAGCUUAAUCAUGUCACCCCGCCUCGCUGGUCCGGGUCGCGACACCCCUCACUCCAUCACCAGCGCACGGCUGCAAGAGCUUGUGCGCGUUAUCCGGACGACCCCUGCCAUAGACAACCACGCGCACCCUCUGCUCCGUCUCGAGCACGUUGGCAGCAUCCCGCUCGCCUCGGCCGUCACCGAGGCCUCAGGGGUCGCCCUGCGCGACACGCCCAAGACUCUUGCCCACCACCGCGCCGUCCGCCAGCUCGCCGCCGCCCUGGGCUGCGGGCGCGACGGGGAGCCCGAGCUACCAGCCUCGUGGGACGCCGUCGUCGCUGCUAUCGAGCGCCGGCGCGCAGAUCCGGCCAUCUACGACCGAUGGACUGCCAUCUGCCUGGCCGGGACCGAGACCAUCCUCAUCGAUGACGGGCUGGACGGGCUGGAGCGUGUGCACGGCUUCUCGUCGCACGACGCCUUUGUGCGCAGCCCCUGCCGCCGCAUCGUCCGUAUCGAGGCCGUUGCCGCCGACAUAAUCGAGCGGCACGCACAGCACUACGACGGCACCCUGGCGACCGAUGACGUUUUCUGCCAGAUGCUCGAGGAGUUCGACACUCACGUCAAGCAAGCCAUCCAGGACCCGGACGUCGUCGGCUUCAAGUCCGUCAUCUGCUAUCGCACAGGCCUGGCCAUCCCUCGCGUCGUCAACAUCGCUGCCGCCCGCGAGUCGUUUGCCGACAUCGUCCAGCACCGCAGCCUUCGUGGGAAGUUUACCAGGGUCGACCACGAGGGGCUCAACGAGUUGUUUGUCCACCACACGGCCGUGCUCAUCAGGGACUGCAGCUCCCACUUCAGGAAGCCGAUACAGUUCCACACCGGAUUAGGGGAUAACGAUAUCACGCUGACCACGUCAAGCCCAGCACACCUCCAGGACUUCAUUCGCAAUUACCCUUCGGUGCCCAUCGUGCUCCUCCACGCAAGCUAUCCAUACACGCGAGAGGCUGGCUACCUUGCCAGUGUUUACAGCAAUGUCUUCGCUGAUAUCGGGGAGGUCUUUCCACAAGUUAGUCAGGGCGGCCAGGAAGCCAUCCUACGGCAAAUCCUAGAGCUUUGCCCCUGGUCCAAAAUUCUCUGGAGCACAGAUGGCCACUGGCUCCCAGAGACAUAUCUCCUCGCAAUGUUGCAGGGAAGACAGGCUUUGGAAUCGGUUCUGUGCGAUUUGGUGUGCAAAGGCCAACUGAGCUGGGAUACAGCCACAGAAAUGACCAAGGAUAUCCUGUUCAGAAACUCGAACGAGCUCUACCAGCUUGGUCUGUCACUUCCACAAUCGGAGGCGGGCCAGGAUACUGCGGGUGCUAGCUCGGACCAAAAGCGCAGCGACCUCGAGAUGGUGCAGGAUUUUAUCCGCUCCAGGCCUGUUCCCUCCUUCGUGAGGCUCUGCUGGCUGGAUUACACUGCCACGCCCCGGAUGCGGAUGGUCCCCUUCAAGAGGUUCAUGGCCCUUCUCGAGGGUGGCAAGUCCACCUCCCUGGGCAUCACCAAGGCCGCCCUGGGCCUGCUACAGAACGACACGCUGGUGGCGAGCGCUUCAGCCACAGGGGAGUACAGGCUGCACCCCGACCUUUCGUCGCUCAAGUCCGGGCCUAUAAGCGGCCAGGUCAGCGUAUACGGCGACUUUGAAGAACAGGACGGUUCACCCGUCGACCUCUGCCCCCGCUCCGAACUGAAGCGGGUGGUUCAGGUUGCGGCCCAGCAGGGGCUCUCGUUCCUGCUCGGCUUCGAAAUUGAAUUCGUGCUGAUGGAGCGGUGCAAAGCAGCCAAUGACACCUCCUGGAAGGCGUUCAUAGUCCCGCCAGCAACGGGCGGUCACGCGUGGUCGACGUCACGCUUCUCUGGGAAUCCGCAGCUGGCGCAGCUGCUGAGGGACAUGGUGACGCAACUCGAGGCCAUUGGUGUUGAGGUGGAGCAGUUGCACGCAGAGAGCGCCCCCGGGCAGUUCGAGAUCCCCCUGCCGCCCUUGCCGCCGCUCGAGGCCGUGGACACGCUGCUGCACGUGCGCGAGACCCUCGUGGCGCUGGCCGCAGCCGCCGACUACAGGCUGACGCUGCACCCGAAGCCCUUUGCCAAGGCCUGCGGGACCGCGUCGCACGUCCACGUCUCGGUGCAUACAGCCGCCGUCGCAGGGGCCAAUCCGAACGAGGUGGACAAGAACAUCUACGAGAGCUUCUAUGCCGGCAUCCUCGGCCACCUGCCCGCAAUCCUGGCCUUCACCUACAGCAACCCCGCGAGCUACGACCGCGCCGCCGACGGCUGCUGGGCCGGCGGGCGCUGGGUGGGCUGGGGCACGCAGAACCGCGAGACGCCACUGCGCAAGAUCGAGGGCAGCCACUGGGAGCUCAAGUGCCUCGACGGCCUGGCCAACCCGUACCUGGCAAUGGCAGCCGUGCUCGGGUGCGGCGUCGCGGGCGUCAGGGGCAAGGAGCCGCUCAUCUGGGCCGACUGCACGGCAGACCCGGCAGCUCUGAGCGACGGGCCCAGGCGGCGGCUCGGGAUGACGCAGAUGCUCCCAUCCUCGCUGGAGGAAGCUCUCAAGGCGCUCGAGGCAGAUGCACGCUUGGCAGAGGUGCUGUCGUGCCAGGUGGUUGGGCGGUACAGCGAGGUAAAGAGGGCGGAACUGCAGCUGCUUGGCGCCAUGGAUCCUGAAACACGGUGGGAUUGGAUAGUAGAGCGGUAUUGAUAUCACACUUUCUAUUCUAGUCUAAGCCGAGUGUUUCUUUUGAUGCUAUUGGUUGAUACCUUGGACACUAUCUCGGUAUGGCGUUGGGCGAGGCCGGAUACGGGUAAUUGCAAGGAUUACUGUUACUAUAUGACGACAUACGACUAAUCCACCUUCUCCAUCACGAGCUCUCCUUGACAAUGGUCUGUAUCGCCUUGGAGUACUCACCCACCUCCCUCGCCCCGACCAGCGUGAUGUCCCUCUUGCGCCCCUCCAGCAGCACUGUGGGCACUGAGUCCACCCCGUUGAUCCGCUGCUCCGCCACCGCCCUCCGCACCUCUGCCAGCCCCCGCCCGCCGCCGCCCCUGUCCUCCUCCAC